CAGCGUGUGUGGAACCACAGCUUUCAGUUUCUGGAACAAGAUUGUGCUGCCAUGUUUACUGGAGCUGCUGCUCUGACGGUGGAGUGCUCCAUAACCACUGGUAACAUGGGGACAAGUCAAACAUGUACAGGAAGAAAAUGAGCCGCACAGGAAGCUGAUAUCAGAAAUGGGGCAAAGGCAUGAAGGUGAACAAGCUUCCCCUAAGGGCUUCAGAAGGACAGAUAUCACCUCCCAUCUCAUGAUGCCCUGGCACAGAUCCUACCAGAUUACCAGUACCUCGCAAAGACUGAGCUCCAAAAUGCAACCAAUCAGGAGCAGGAGAGACCCACUCAGAGGGCAGAAGCCACACAGGCCAACAAACCCAACAUAAAUCACACAUAUCAAGUUCAUCAGCCACAUAUACGACCCCCUCUGCACAACUUUGAGGAUGAUCCCAACAUGGCAGAGAUCACCAACCUCCAAACUAAGGAGAUGGAAAACUAUCGUUCAGCCAUGAAUAAGAUGGCAGAAGAUAUCAUAGUGCUGAGGACGCAGUUGGUGACGGUGGAGGCAGAAAACAGCAGGCUCCGCAGCGAUCUGUCUCUGCACCAGCACCUUGGCCGAGAUCUGCUGGAUGACACAGACAUUGACGUCAUGACCAAGGCUGAGAUUUCUGACCACAUAGCCUCUCUGAAAUUCAAACUGGCCAGUGAGACCAGUAAGGCGGCCUCGCAAAGGGACAGGAUCCAACAGCUGCAAAAUGAGCUGAUCAAGAAGAAUGACAGUGAGAAGCAGCUGCUUAAACUUCACAGAGCUCACCAGCAGCAGCAGCAGCAGCAGGAGGAGCAUCUGCAGCACCACCAGAGUCGCUUGGCAAGGAUGGCAACUUUGGAGGCCACAGUCAAACAGCAGGAAAAGGUCAUUGAGAAGAUGGAGAAAGUCUUAGACGGCAAACUCAGAGAGAAGAACAGACAAAGUGGUGACAAAAGUCUGGCGUUGAAAAAACACAGAGGUAAAACUGACCGCAGAACAGAAGAAAUAGAGUCGGCUCUGGCAGCAGAAAACUCUCGUCUCAGAGAAGAGCUGGACAGGAUUCGCAGGCAGCCUGCCCCCGUCAUCAUACAGCAGGCAGCACAGAGAAAGGAAGUACUACCACUCAAGGAGAGACUGAGUUUACUGAAUAAACUAGAGAAGGCUGAGGCAAGAGUCCAAACACUGGAGGCUCAGAUGGAGGAGAACUCUAAAUUGUGGGGGAGACAGAAACAGGAUCUUUUGACCAAACUGAGCGAGCACAGGCACGGCUUCGUCCGAUCAUCCACCACAAUCCUUCAUAAUGUUUCUUCGAGGGUUGUAUCAGAUUCCUUAAAUCAGCAAAGCAUACAGAGGAAGCGGAAACCUGAAAAGUGACCUGCAAAUGAACUACUGGAAAAAACUUACAAGACAUAUUUCCUGUCAGUUGUAUUGUUUUAUUUAUUUUUUUAGGGAGUUAUUUUUUUAUAUUUUCAAAUAUUAUGGAAUAAAGAUACUGUACAUUC